GCCAACACAAGGGAAGCAAAAGUGUUCAUGAAACACGAGUUUUCGUAGCUCUAGAACAGAGGGAUGGUGGAAUGCACUGCAAGAUUCGGCAGGACCGUGGCUGCGGGCCGCUCUUCGCCCUCCUGCCGCCUCCCUCGGGAGGGCCCGGCGGCGUCCGGGUGCGCCCUCACCGGCCCCGCGGCGGCGGCGGGAGGAGGGCCCGGCCCAACCCGCCGCCGCGCCUGCUCGGAAGCAGAGGAGGCGGCUCGGGCUCGCCCGAGGGCGCCGCGGAGGUGCUGCCGCUCCCGGGGCUGCAAAGCGGACGGGUCUGUGCGACGAAAGGCACGCCCGCUGCCGGGAAGAAGGGUGCGAGCCGUGCCUGCCCAGGCACCCGGCGCCUCCCAGCAUCGCUGCCUCUCGCCGCCGACGCCGGGAAGGGGUCAGCUCCCAGCGCCCACCCGCCGGCGUGAGCCUGGUGCAGACCGUCUAUGAAUGG